ACUCUGCAAAGAGAAGCUGAGAAGAAAGAACCUUGAGAAAUCCUUUUUCUUAACCUUCACGCCUCCAUUAAUACCUCCCUUCUCAUAUUUUCUCUUUCCACCUCUCACUUCUCAUAAAAACCUACUAUUUCCCUCUUUUCUCUGCAUUCAAAACGCUCACUAAUCACCCCCACGUCAUGUUUUUCUCUUUUCAUUGGUUUUCUCCUCCACCCCCUCUCUGCUGAGUGCUCUUCCUCUCUCUUUAAAAUCCCACCUCAUCCACAUAAGAUUUUUCUCAGGAAGCAAACAAAGAAGUGAAAAAACAGGGAGGAGGAAAGAAAGCCAGAGCUUUGCAGAGUGAAAAGAACAGGGGAACUAUAAAGAAACUGGAGAAAGGUUUUUCUCUGUUUCGUUUUAACCUUUCUUGCACUAUCCUUUUCCUUUUGCUUUUUGGGUUCUCUCUUCGUUUUCAUUACCAUCUUUUUCUUGGGAUUGUCCAACAUGGGUUCUUGUAAAGAUCAAGGACAACAUCAUAAGGAUGAAGCAGGGUGUGUUAGGGUUCAUGGUCCUAUCAUUGUAGGUGCCGGACCAUCUGGUCUAGCAACAUCAGCUUGCCUUACUCACCAAGGUGUACCUUCUCUUAUUCUUGAGAAAAGUGACUGCAUAGCUUCUCUAUGGCAACAUCGAACCUAUGAUCGUCUCAAACUCCAUCUUCCCAAACAGUUUUGUGAAUUACCACUCCUUGGUUUCCCUGAGAAUUUCCCAAAGUACCCAACCAAGCACCAGUUUAUCUCUUUCCUGGAAUCCUAUGCUUCACAUUUCUCAAUCCAACCUAGGUUCAAGCAAGCUGUGCAAAGUGCAGAGUUUGAUCAUGUUUUGGGGUUUUGGAGGGUUAAAACUAAAGACUGUGAGUACAUUUCUAGGUGGCUUAUCGUUGCUACUGGUGAAAAUGCUGAGCCUGUAAUACCAGACAUUUCUGGGAUAGACAAGUUUAAGGGUCCUGUUGUUCAUACCAGUUUGUACAAGUCUGGUUCUGAGUUUAAAAACCAAAGGGUUUUGGUCAUUGGAUGUGGCAAUUCCGGCAUGGAAGUCAGCUUGGACCUUUGUCGAUACAAUGCAAUCCCUCAUAUGGUUGUUAGAAACACAGUGCAUGUAUUACCUAGGGAGAUGUUUGGUUUAUCAACAUUUGGUAUAGCCAUGGUACUUCUCAAAUGGUUCCCUUUAAGGCUAGUAGAUAAAUUCCUGUUGCUGGUAGCCAACUUCACCUUAGGUAACACAGACCAAAUAGGUCUUCGGCGGCCAAAAACUGGUCCAAUUGAACUAAAAAAUGUCACCGGAAAGACUCCGGUCCUCGAUGUGGGUGCACUAUCACAGAUAAAAUCUGGUAAAAUUAAGGUGAUGGAAGGUGUGAAAGAGAUAACAAGAAAUGGAGCCAAGUUCAUGGAUGGACAAGAAAAGGAGAUUGAUUCAAUAAUCUUGGCAACUGGGUACAAAAGCAAUGUGCCUACUUGGCUCAAGGGGUGUGAUGUUUUCACCAAAGAUGGUAUGCCAAAAACGCCUUUUCCCAACGGAUGGAAAGCAGAGAAGGGAUUGUACACAGUUGGGUUUACAAGAAGAGGGCUCCUAGGAACGGCUUCUGACGCCUUUAAGAUUGCUGGUGAUAUUGCUGAACAAUGGAGGACAAUCAAAGAUUGUAACAACAACAGUUGUAAUUCUCAUGUUAUCCUGCUCAAGGAAACGUGA